CCGUUCGCAACGCGGACGCGCACGGUGAUGCGCUUUAUCGCAAACACCAGAGGAACCGGUUUGUUUGCGGUGUGCAGGCGAGCAGUGCCGCGCUGGUGGGAAUUGCGGUAGGAGCUAGAGAGGGAGGGGGAAGGCGGCAAGGGCGUGGAGGUUAGGUUCUUGCUCGUUGGGUUUCUGGCUUCAUUCCUCUCUGCUCUUUGCUGUUGGUGAUUGUUGCUUAUUUCGUGUCGCUCGUUGUUAUCUGUGGCUGUUGCACAGAGCUGUCUUUCGUUUCAUUCGCACGUUUUCGAAGCCAAUCAAUCGACAAUGCUGCGCUCGAUUGCGGCGUGCGCCGUGGCUGGCGCCGUGGCUGUUAAUGCGAUUGCCACUAUUUCGGUGAAGGGCUCCAAGUUCUUCACGUCGGAGGGAGAUCAGUUCUUCGUUAAGGGUAUUGCGUACCAGCUCGUCCCCGAUGACCCACUCAUCGAUGCGACACAGUGUGGCCUCGAUGCCGCCCUUAUGAAGACCAUCGGCACCAACUCGAUCCGCGUCUACCACGUCGACCCAAAUGCCGACCACAAGGACUGCAUGAGCGCCUUCGCCGACGCCGGCAUCUACAUCUGGCUGGACCUUGAUACGUUCAAUACGCAGAUCGAGCAGAUAGCGCCCAAGUGGAACGAGACGCAGCGCGAUGCCUUCGCUGCCGUCAUGGACGAGUUCCACCAGUACGACAACCUCGCGGGUUUCUUCGUUGGAAACGAGGUCAUCACCACCAGCAACGGUUCGUCUGCCGCGCCAUAUGUCAAGGCCGCCGCCCGCGACCUGAAGGCUCACCGCGAAGCUAAGAACUACCGCAACAUCCCCAUCGGCUACUCGGCUGCCGACAUUGCAACGCUGCGGCCCAUGCUGCAGAACUAUCUUGCCUGCGGUACCAACGCGUCCGAGGCCCUCGACUUUUUCUCGCUGAACGCCUACUCGUGGUGCGGCGACAGCGACUACAUGACCUCCGGCUACGACAUGCUCGAGGCCAACUCGACCUCAUACAACAUUCCCAUCUUCAUGUCCGAGACAGGCUGCAACGUAGUGCGCCCUCGUACCUUCCAGGACCAGACAGCGCUGUACGGUGAAAUGGCAGACACCUGGUCCGGAAGCAUCGUCUACGAGUGGAUCGAAGAAGCCAACAACUACGGCCUGAUCUCAUACGGCUCCAAAGUCGACCCAGCCAGCCCCUCCGCGCCUCCCGAUGGCUUUCCGCGCUCCGGCACCCCGAUCCCUGUGCAGCCUGACUUCUCCAACCUCGGCAGCGUCUGGAAGACCCUGACCCCGACCGGAGUCAAGGCCAGCGCGUACACGGCAUCACAUUCGGCGCCCGAGUGCCCGCCCCAGACCAGCGGCGCCUGGGACGUCGACCCUACUUCCGCGCUGCCUUCGCUCGGCCAGACGCACAAUGCGGCUGCUACGGCCUCGUCGAGCGCAAGCGGCACUGCUACUGGUUCUACAAGGCCCAGUGGUGCUGCGAGCAGCGGCGCGGGUCAGCCGAGUGCUAGUCCCGGGGCUGCGGCAGGAGGGCGAAAUGAGCUUGUGGGUGCUGGGGCGGGGCUGGUGGCUGUCAUGGCGGGAUUUGCGUGGUUGUAGGGAAUACAGAGUUGGGUUGGGUGGGGGGACAGGUGGUGAUACCCGAUUGUGUAUGAGUAAUUGAUAUGGUAAGAUAGGACAAGUACGGUACGGUAUGGCAUAGUUCAGCACAGCAUAGUAUAGAGCAUUUACAAGUAAUCAUGUUACGUAUUUGCUGUUUUGUAUGUCUGAGUUCAGUAAUAGUGUUAUGUAGGUAGUACAAGCACUACAUAUUGCUAGUCUAGUGUGUAGGACGAUGAUAGAAAGACGCGUACGAGGACUUGCACAGUGUAACUUCGUGCGCUAUCUUGUUUGCCAGGUGUAGCGUGUAGAUCGCAGUAGCAGACUGAACUCUGCACGUGGUUGGGAUGUGUGCACUAGAGUUUGUAGAGAGGGUCUGUAGAGAGGGAUUAGCAACUAGUAAGAGGAAGACACAAGCGCAUCUCUGGUCUUGAGAGAACGGAACUAUA